AAAAACGCGCGCCAUCAUGGGACUAAUCCACCAUUUCUGUGGGCGGUUUCUCGCCAAGGGUGGUUCUUCCGCGGGCGACAAGGCGUCUGGCGGGGAAAAGGGCGGCGCAUCGGCUGCGAAAGAGAACAAGCCGGGGGAGGUGGAGAUGACGAAGAAACCCGCAGACGCAAAAGCAGUAGACGACGACUUGAAAGAUUUGUCAGAAAAACCCCUUGUCGCGGCGCGGAAGUACUUUGAGCACGUUCCUUUAGAUUCCCUCGACAUGGAGGCAAAAAAGACCGUGAUGGCCUACCUUAAUGAGGGCAACGAGGGGUUCGGGGAGUCUUCGAACCUGGACGUGAUCCUCUAUGCGCUCUUCGCGAUCUCCUACAUCUACUUUGUGAACGCCUUCGUGCAGGUGGGCGACACGUUCAACUUGAAGCGGACCACAGCGGAGACGCUCGAGCAGCAGACCUACUCCGUGCAGUAUGCCGACGGGAACGUUUUGUACAAAAACCUCCCCCAGGUGAACACACUUACGGGGAUACAAGAGUGGAUCCAGUACGCGAUCAACCCAGUUUUCUUUUCUUCGAUCGCGACAAGAGGGGACACGGAUGAAUCGGGCGAAAAGAACUACUACAACCCGGUGCUAUCGCAGACCACCAUCCUGCACGACGUGAAAGAUGACGUGCCGAGUUUUGACGCGAAAUUGCAAGCCGCGAUUUCGGACAAACUGAUACCGUUCUUCGACCCCACAAGCAGCACCGCGAUCGGCGCCAACAUUUUGACGCAGAAAACCAAAUCCGCGCUCUGCGUCAACGGGUACAACUGCCUGCUCAAAUCCGAAUUCGCACUCGCAAGGCUCCUGGUGUACGAAAACGAGUACCCCGUGGAGCUCGCGUACGACCACGCACUGCUCUCCUCCCAAGCGACCUCGCUGUUCGCCUUGCGGCAGAAAGCGCUCUCGGGCACGGGGUGCAUCCCCGGCCCGACGCCGCCGGUGAAGCCGCACGCCGCGGGCUUUGAGUACGGGUCCUUGGACACGACCACCACGGUGGCGCCGAACGAGCGGUAUUGUGAGGAGGAUUUGAACGUAUUUCCCUUCUGCUACUACCGACUGGACGGGCAGGAGGACGGGUACGGAAAGGCGGACUGGGACGCGACAACAGAUGGGAAAAACCGGUGGGAAUGUCUGCUCCCCACCGACUUGACGCUGUUCAACCAAGUCCUCGACGUGUACAGCCACCAAGAUUUGAUUCACCUGCACACCAAGAAGGUGGUGUUGCAAUUCGCCACCUACAAUUCGCAAGCGGACACCGUAGUGGAGUCGGAGCUGGAGUUCAAAAUCUCCAAGGGCGGGCAAGUCGCGCACGAGAUUAAGACGUCCGCGUUCCAGAUCUUCCCCACCUACGUGGAGACUUCGAAGGGACUGAUGACGCUGGUGGCGGGCGGGAUCUACUUGUUGCUGACCGCGUACUUUUUGAUCCAGGAAAUCCGGGAGAUCAUGGAGGAGAUGGCGCAGAAGAAACUUCUGUUCAACAAACCCUGGCAAGUAUCCCUCCGCGAGCACUUUUCCGGCGACUUGUUCAACGCACUGGACAUCGUUUCCAUUUGCAUCUCCUUCGCGGGGAUUGGGGUCUACUCGAUUUACGUGCUGGAGACGUUCGCGUUCGAAACGGAGUACAGCCGGCUGAUCUGCAAGGGGAAGUUGGACUACCAGUGUCCGGAACUGCCUCCCUCCCACCCGCAGUACGCUCUGGAGAACCAGCAAACCCGGACAAAUUACGUGAAUUUCAUCGAGAUGGUGCACUUGAUCACGAAAGAUAGCUUACUUUACAUCCGCGUGUCCGCAAUCAACACGAUGCUGAUCGGGCUCAGGAUGCUCAAGUUCGUCCGGAACAGUCCGCGGAUGAUAAAACUCAACACCACUCUCUUCAUAUCCUGUGUAAAAACGUCCCCACAGCAUGGUUGUCAUGCAACUCUGCAUACUUAAAAUGUUUCUCAUGCGGAGCCCCAUGAGAAGCAUUUUCUAAUGCGGUUUGUAAAUCUGUAAUGCGCCAAUCAGCAUGAGAUACUAGAUCUGUAAUGCUGCUUAGCUAGCUCAAAUAGCACUACACUACGCGUCCAAAUUUGUCAUGCGAAACGGCCAAAGCUUAUGGAUUUGUCUAGCGGAUUUCCCAUCUUGACUCUGGGGUGGGGACAUUUUUACUCAGGAUACUUCAGCGCCGUGGGCGACACGAUCUACCUCGUGCUGAUGCUGUUCAUCAUCAUGAUGGGAUUCGUCGUGCUGGCGAACCGGGCGUUUGGUGCGAAAUACGGAAAAUUGUCGGAGUUACUGUCCGCCUUGUACUACCUGAUGGAUUUCAUCAUUGGGAACAUCGAGUACAAGCCACUGGAGAAGGUGGACAGUUUGAUGGUGGUGUUUUUCGUGUUCCCGGCGAUCUUCUGCUUUCACUUUGUCCUGCUCAACAUGUUUUUCGCCAUCACGGAUCGGUGGUACAUCGUCGUGGUGUCCGAAGCGGAGGAAGUCCCGAGUUUCAACUGGAAAAGGAGGCUGAAGCCGUACUUCGGGGCCAUUUUCUCCUGCAUCGAGUGGGACGAGGAUUUCGAGAUGGCCCGGAAUCCGGACGGCGCGAUAAAGCCCAAGCCGCCGAGUCGGAAGAAGGUGGUGGAGGAGAUGAAGCGAGAGGUGGAAUUUUUGGUGAAAAACCUGCAGAAAAGGCUGCUCGCGCAGGGGAAGAAAAUUGGGAAAGACUUGGAGCAACUGCUGGGUGCCAAAUCGGCCUCGGUUCUGUCCGGCGGCAUGUUUGCCGACGACGAGGGCAAGCCGGAGCACGGGACCAUGUUGAAGCAGCUGCUGCCGCACAAUCUGCAGGACGAAAAGAUCCACCAGGUGACGGACUGGAGUUCGAAGUUGGUGCACAACUUCGUACAGAAGUACCACGCGGAAUUUUUGGAGCACGGGGAAAACCUCCACGAGUCGCCGGAAAGCCGGCACCAGCGGCUCACGGACGCCCUGAUGCAGGACAUCGUGAUUGCGCGGCGCAAGGCGUCUCGACUCGAGCAGGAAGUGCGGAAUUCCGCCGAGGUGUACACCCGGGCGGCGACCUCGGACCAGAUCACGAUCUGCAAGUACAUCCACUGCCUGGAGGUGAAUUUGGAGCAAAUUUUGACGGAAAGGCAGUCUUUGGAGUUUGCGAUAAAAGAUUUGGUGUCGUUCGAGCACGCGGAGACGGGGGGCGGCGGCAAGGGGAACGUGUUCGGCCGCGCGGGCGGGAAGGCGGGUGGGAUGCUGGGGGACAUCUCCUCCGCGAGGUCAAAGGAAGACGGCGCGGGGUCGAAGCAAGCCAGCAACACAGCCCGGUCGAAACAGGACACGGCGCGGAGCGGCGGCGCGGGUUCCGCAGCGGCGGAGGCGACGGCAGAUACCGGGUUCGCCAUCAUCGCGCAAGACGCCGAGGGCCCGCCCGUGGUUGCGGAAUUGCAGCACAAAAAGCAGGGAAGAAAGAAAUUGAACGACACGCUGGCCAGCCUGAACCUGACCGCAAAGAAACUGAGGCGGGAGCAGGAAGCGACGAGCGCUGCAAAUUCGCCCGGACCGCAGGGGUCGUGAUAGAAAGCCAAUAGAGGAAGAUAGCCGAGUUAUGUUGUACAAGUGCUACACAAAGCUUCUUAAGUUGGUGAACAGUUAGAGAUUUCCAUACUGGUUUAUGAGUCAAAUUCAAAUUUAUGCAAGAGGUUGACGUGUGUGAAUAUUAGAGUUGAUACUAAAGAUGUCUGCAAAGC